GUAAUCUUGUUUAAAAGACCUGCCCUACCACGCCUGGACAGUAUAAGAUAUACUAUGUCACUGUGAAUAGUUGGUCAAAAUGCUGUUCUUUGGAUUAAUCGUGCUUGCCAUUGGAUACGCAACCGCCGAAAUCGGCGGCAGCCCGUUGAUGAACAAAUUGGUGAAAGUCAGACCCGUGGGCGAUAAUCUCAAGAAGAGUUUCAUCCCCCUGACUGAAAUCCCCCCUCCCACGAUACCGACCUUUCGACCUCCAGCUAGAAGACAUUUGGACGUAGACCCGGACGAUUGUACACCAAAAAGUCCAAAAGAAGUGGUGUAUGAGGGAGCCCAUGUGGGUAUAUUUGGGGACUAUUACGAUGAUGCUGUGGCGAAGACUGUCGCGACCAUAAUUUUCCCCGACCAUAUCGAUCACAAGCACUUCGAAAUCACCACUCCUGUGCCAUAUUUCACCGUGGGGCUGAUAGAAGCCAUCGGCUACCACCCCAGCACGCCGAAGAACGAGCAUCCUCCAGAAUGCGAGAAGAUAUACCAAGAUCAUCUCGCCGAUUUAUAUUCUGAUGAUACCACAGACUAUUCUGACGAAUCAUUGGAGGUCGCCAGAAUGCCCCUGCUCCCCGAGAAGGAUGAGAAGGAAGUCGAGGCGAGAUUAGCGGAGAUCUACAGCGACCUGGAGUGAAAUCUGUUAUGUUUGUUUGUACUUUUUCUAGUUUCAUACUAAGUUAUUACACAUUAUUAAAUAUUUUUUUAUAAAAAAA